UUAACAACUUAUUAAUUUAAAUGACGCCAUCUGGUGUUUUAUUUGCGCAACAAGUAGAAACUUGUGGCUUAAUGUUUCCAAUGGUUUUGGUUAUGUUUACUUAAAUAUCCGGGAAAAUUGUUAAUAAUAGCAAUCCUGUACACCAUAUGGAAUUGCUUCAUGCGAUAGAGUUUUAAAAAAUGAGCGUUUCUGGGUGGAAGGCGGCGCCACUGGGUUGUGCCAUAGCAACUCAUCUCGGUGUCGUCGUGAAAGCUUUCAACACUAUGAGCCAGUGAAGUGUAUCUGUCGGAUAGUGGCGUGAAAAUGGCGGUGUAAAAUGGCAGGACGUAGAUCAACGUUGACAAAUGCCGAUUCCCUGUCGGGAUCGGGGAACACGGAUCCUUUGAGGGAGCUCUUCGAGGCGUGCAAAACUGGAGACCUCGCGAAGGUAAAGGCGUUGGUUACAUCGAAGACGGUCAAUGCUCGAGACACUGCCGGACGCAAGUCCACCCCCCUGCAUUUUGCAGCUGGUUAUGGUAGACGGGACGUAGUGGAGUAUCUACUUUCUGCCGGAGCAUCCAUUCAAGCUCGCGACGACGGAGGGUUGCAUCCUCUGCACAACGCUUGUUCUUUUGGACAUUCUGACGUUGUCAGACUUCUGCUAGAAGCAGGGGCUAAUCCGAAUACCAGAGACAAUUGGAAUUACACUCCCUUACACGAAGCUGCGAUCAAGGGUAAAAUAGAUGUCUGCAUCGCGCUUCUGCAGCAUGGAGCCGAUGCAAAUAUCCGAAACACAGAAGGGAAGACGGCGCUAGAAUUAGCAGAUUCUGCAACUAAACCAGUAUUAACGGGAGAGUAUAUGAAGGAUGAGUUGUUGGAAGCAGCGAGGUCCGGAAACGAGGAACGUCUUCUACAACUUCUGAAUCCUUUAAAUGUAAAUUGCCACGCGAGCGACGGUAGGAGAUCCACGCCGUUGCAUUUGGCUGCUGGAUACAACAGGUCCAGAGUGGUGCAAAUUUUACUGCAAAAUGGAGCUGACGUGCAUGCGAAAGACAAGGGAGGUUUGGUUCCGCUCCAUAACGCUUGUUCGUACGGGCAUUUCGAGGUGACCGAAGCACUUCUGAAACACGGUGCAGCAGUCAAUGCAAGCGACUUGUGGGCAUUCACACCGCUGCACGAAGCCGCUAGUAAAUCCAGAGCCGAGGUGUGCUCGUUACUUUUAAGCGAGGGCGCGGAUCCAACGCAAUUAAACUGCCACAGUAAAAGCGCCAUUGACGUGGCCCCGACAUUGGAAUUACAAGAAAGAUUAGCAUACGAAUACAAGGGCCACUGCCUUUUGGAUGCCUGCAGGCAGGCAGAUCUUACUAAAUUAAAAAAGUACCUGUCCCAAGAAGUUGUAAACUUUAAACACCCAUAUACUGGGGACACACCGCUGCACUGUGCCGUUGCAUCUCCUUAUCCCAAGAGAAAACAAGUAAUAGAAUCUUUGAUUAGAAAAAAUGCUGCCUUAAACGAGAAAAAUAAAGACUUUCUUACACCGCUUCACUUGGCCACUGAUCAUUCUCAUUACGAUGCAAUGGAUGUGCUGCUUAGACAUAACGCAAAAAUCAAUGCUUUAGACGGAUUAGGGCAAACUGUAUUACACAGGUGUGUUAGAGAAGACAAUGUGCAAGCUUGCAGAAUAUUGUUAUCGUACAAUGUUGAUCAGUCUAUAGUAUCGCUUCAGGGCUAUACUGCGGCACAAGUAGCUGCAGAAAAUGUCCUUAAAAUACUACAAGAUCCACCGAGCGGGACAGACGACGCGGAAGCGCAGCUGUUAGAGGCAAGUAAAUCUGGCGAUUUAGCGGCGGUCGAAAGAAUUUUACAAACAAAUCCACACGCAGUUAAUUGUCGCGAUUUGGAUGGUCGGCAUUCCACACCGCUGCACUUCGCAGCGGGAUUUAACAGAGUGCCUGUAGUCGAAUAUUUAUUGGCACAUGGAGCAGACGUACACGCCAAAGAUAAAGGUGGACUGGUUCCCUUACACAAUGCCUGCUCUUAUGGUCAUUACGAGGUAACGGAAUUAUUAGUGAAACAUGGUGCGUCGGUAAAUGUCGCGGACUUGUGGAAAUUCACGCCGCUUCACGAGGCUGCUGCUAAAGGAAAAUACGAGAUAGUUCGGUUGCUGUUAAGACACGGUGCAGACGCUACGAAAAAGAACAGGGACGGAGCAACCCCGUUGGAUCUGGUGAGAGAUGGCGAUCAGGACGUGGCGGAUCUGUUACGUGGAAACAGUGCACUUCUGGACGCAGCGAAGAAAGGCAAUUUGGCCAGGGUGCAGCGACUCGUUACUCAAGACAAUAUCAAUUGCAGAGAUGCUCAAGGUCGUAACAGUACUCCGUUACACUUGGCUGCUGGGUACAAUAAUUUGGAAGUGGCGGAAUUUUUGCUUGAACGCGGAGCGGAUGUUAAUGCUCAAGAUAAAGGAGGAUUGAUACCAUUGCAUAAUGCUUCGAGUUAUGGCCAUUUAGAUAUUGCUGCGUUACUCAUUAAAUAUAAUACUGUAGUAAAUGCGACUGACAAAUGGGGCUUUACACCACUUCACGAGGCAGCGCAGAAAGGGAGAACGCAACUGUGCGCCCUUUUGUUGGCACACGGAGCGGAUCCUUUCUUAAAGAAUCAGGAGGGUCAAACUCCUGUGGAUUUAGCUAGCGCCGACGACGUAAGAUGCUUAUUGCAAGAUGCUAUGGCUUCGCAGCAAGUAGUACCAACGGUAACAUCCGGUAACAGUGGCGUAGGAGUUGCCAUUAACUUGAGUGGUAAUGGUAAUAAUACUAUUAACAGCAGACCACCUAGUAUCGUAGCAGGUAAUUACAUUUUAAAGAAUAAAAAACAAAUGCUUGAAUUUUUGUCGAAUAACCAUUAUACCAUUAUAGUUCCAGUUACCCCACCACCGCCAUUGACACAAGAAACCGUCAUUAUGCCUUCUGGAACCGCCAUGACGUUAUGCGUGCCACUUGCAAGACCGUCUUCUUGUCUAAGCCCAAUGCCGCCGUCCGAAACAUGCUCCGAAAGAGAUUCUAAAGAUUCGUCCAAAGACAGCUCGAACAUCACGACCGUUGCUGGUUUCCUCCAGAGCCUAUGCUUAGAACACUUGUUAGAAUUGUUCGAACGCGAACAAAUUACGCUGGACAUAUUGGCAGAGAUGGGCCACGAGGAUCUGAAGCAAGUCGGUGUAUCCGCGUAUGGCUAUAGACACAAAUUGAUUAAAGGAAUGGAGAAACUUCUCAACACGACUGCCGGUACUCCGUGGCAGCUGACCAUUGCGCCUGGAACAUUGUUGGUGGAUCUGUUGGCCGAGGACAAGGAAUUUUUAGCCGUCGAGGAAGAAAUGCAGAGUACCAUUAGACAGCAUAGGGACAAUGGUCACUCUGGUGGCAUAUUUUCUCGAUACAAUAUAGUUAGGAUACAAAAAGUGCAAAAUCGCAAACUGUGGGAGCGCUACGCGCACAGAAGACAGGAGGUCGCAGAGGAAGUUGGCGCAGCAGCGCCUUCCUCUCCGAGCACUGGCUCCAGGACCACUCCUGGCUCCACGUUGCCCCAAGCGAACGAAAGAAUGCUGUUUCACGGCAGUCCAUUUAUCAACGCCAUCGUUCAGAAAGGCUUCGACGAGAGGCACGCGUAUAUUGGGGGCAUGUUUGGCGCUGGGAUUUAUUUCGCGGAGCACAGCAGCAAAAGCAAUCAGUAUGUGUACGGCAUAUGCGGCGGUACUGGAUGCCCGGCUCAUAAAGAUAGAAGUUGUUACAUCUGCCACAGACAUUUGUUGCUGUGCCGUGUUACACUGGGUAAGUCGUUCUUGCAAUUCUCGGCAAUGAAGAUGGCUCAUGCACCACCGGGUCAUCACAGUGUAAUGGGUAGGCCAUCGCAGGGCGGCUUAGUUUUCCCUGAAUAUGUGGUCUACAGAGGCGAACAAGCAUAUCCGGAAUAUCUGAUUACGUACCAGAUAGCGAGGCCUCAACAGGAAAGCGGUGGUAGCGAAAGUGUCGAGGAACGGUGAUCGGAAGAGUCCAGCCCUGCGGCAAGGCUGCGAUGUCUCUGUUGCUGUCAGAGAUCGCGAACGUGUAACACUCUGUCUUAAACAAUGGUCGAAACGAUUUCAUCUCAUUCGGGAUCAAUUCUUCCAUUCUUUUUUUGUUAUCUAUUUUAGUCGAAGCAUUGGUCGCCUCUGAUGAAUUUGUAAACAGUGAUAGGUGAAUUUUAACAAUAUUUAUCGGAUCCGUUCGUUUAAAGUUCAAAGAAGACAAUUGAUAGGACAUUUAAUUUUUAGCAUUUAUUUGUGAUAACGUAAUGGUCCCAAUCGACCACGCAAUCGUACACACGACUGAUUAUUGAUGUAUAUUGAUUAUGGUGUAUAUAUCAGCAUGAAUUAAUUAGAAUAUAAAAGAACCAGCAUGAUUUUUUAAAUGUAAAUCAGUAAAUGUACGUUUGUCAUUAUUAAGAAUUACUUGCGUUACAAAUAUAUGUGCGCGUGCGUACACAUACGUGUAUGCAAGUAACGUAAUGAAUUUUAAUCAUCGCGCCUAAUUGUCGUUCAAUUAUGGCGCGAUGUGGUAUUUCUUGAAACGAAGACAUAGUAGUUCCACGUCUGUGUCAAUUUUGAAGUAAAUAAUUGUGCUGGUUGAAACAAACUACUUUAAUCAUAUGCGUUAUAGGUAAAGUCUGCGAACAAACAUUUAAUUUGUAAAUAAUUAUAGGUACGUUCUCGCAUAUAGGCGUAUGAGCACAAUCGAACGAAUCAUGUUGGUGUAUAGCUACCGACACUUCUAAACAAAAAUUAGAUUAUUUACACAACGAAAGGUAUUAUUAUGUAGUAUUCGUAUCAUUUCCACGGUAUUAUCUUUUCAUCUCAUUAAAACAAACUUGAAACGCUCAUUUCGAUUAAAUUUUUAGACUUUACCUUUAACAUGUAUAUACGUAUGCGAGUAUUUUCUAUAUUCGGUUGAUAGUUCGGGCAUAGAAUAAUUCAUUCAUUGACGAUAUUAUCAACAGGGUUCCUAUAAGCUCGUAGUAAUUUUGAAAUAUUGUACAUACGUGUACCUUCGAUUAUACGUGCAUUUUUCUUUUCAACGAAACACACUUGGUUAUUGUUUAUUCGCGCUAAUUUUUUUUGAAACGAGUAUGGUUUGGUUUCUCUCAGGUGAUAAACAAAUUGUGCAUGUUACGCUUUCCGUUAAAUUUCCAAUACCAAGCAUAUUACAUGCUUGGUUAACAUACACAACGAAGUCUCAUUUUGUUAUUAAAACUUAGAAACGAAAGUUAUUUUAAUAUGAAUUGUAUGAAGCAAUUUCAUUAUAAUUGGGAGUAUUCUGUUCCGUUAUAUAAAACGCAACGAUCGACGUAAUAUUCUAUAAAUAGGAAACUAUUCGUAUCAUUAUUUGUUGAUAUCGCUACCGUGAUCUCCUUUAAAAUAAUAGGAAUAAUGUUGCUUCAAAUAAUUCGCGGCAUUAUAUCGUUUGGUACGUACAUGUGUACAUCGUGGCGCGAAACCACCUCUUGUAUCUCCAACGAAAAAAAGGGAAGGAAAUAUGCAAAUAGCGUAGCUUGUAUGAGUGUGAGAUAAGCGAAACAGAUGUUUUCAAUAUUAUCUCAACACACUCCUAACAAUUAUUUAGGUGAUGGUUUUAUUUAUGGGUGUAUAUAUCAAGUAUGUGUUCGUUAAGUAAGUGCUCAAAGAUGAUGCAACAAAUCCAACGAUCGUUAAUUCUGCAUUCUUGCAUAAAGAUACGGGCGAACAAAGUAUUGCGAACCAACGUACCGAAAUUUCAGUUCUUGUGUUCGUCGCGUUCGAAACCAGCAGUCGAUCGAUCGAACUCGAUUAUCAUGCUUUAACUGUAAGAAAAUGGACUGACUCAAAGAAACAAAAACAAAAUUCUUUUUACCGUUACGCUCGGUAGUUUCUUUUUUUUUGUUUCCUCGCCUUGCGAUUGAUUUCUCGUAAAAAGUGAUUUUCGAUUAACGAUCGGAUAGCGAUGUUCGUUUAUUUU